CGGCAGAGCGCGCCCGUUAGGAUUUGGCGGGAAAGCGCAGAGCGCGGGAAAGUGUCAGACCUGACGUUGGCGAGCGUUCAGCGGCGCCCCUCGCCGCUCGCUGUCAUGCGCUGAACAACGGCAGUAACACGGCGUUUAACUUCGCGUUCCGUAAAGCACAGCCUUGCCCAGACACGGGAGGGGGCCGCGAAAGCCACGGACGGUAUUGAAGCUGUUUUGUUUUGUAAAGGUUUUUUUUUAUAUAUUUUUUUACACACGAGAGUACGCGCCUGCUCUACGGGAGCUUAUUAUUGUUAUCAUGGCGAAGUCUCUUUCGGGAGGACUCGGGAAACCCGAGCAGGGCAUCAUGGACCUGUUCCAGAAGGUGGAGAAGAUUGGCGAGGGCACCUACGGGGUGGUCUACAAGGCGCGCCACAAGAUGACGGGAGACACGGUGGCGCUGAAGAAGAUUCGUCUCGACACGGAGACGGAGGGAGUUCCCAGCACGGCCAUCAGGGAGAUCGCCCUGCUGAGAGAGCUCAACCACCCCAACAUUGUCAGGCUCCUGGAUGUUAUUCACAGUGAGACCAAGCUGUACUUGGUGUUUGAGUUCCUUGACCAGGACCUCAAGAAGUAUAUGGACAAUGCACCCCCAUUAGGGAUUUCCCUGCCACUGGUCAAGAGCUACAUGCACCAGCUGCUGCAGGGCAUCGCCUUCUGCCAUGCGCAGCGCACCCUGCACCGUGACCUCAAGCCACAGAACUUGCUCAUCAACGCCGACGGUGCCAUCAAGCUGGCAGACUUUGGGCUGGCGCGCGCCUUUGGAGUGCCACUCCGCACGUACACACACGAGGUGGUGACACUGUGGUACCGCGCGCCAGAGAUCUUGCUGGGAUGCAAGUACUACUCGACCGCUGUCGACGUCUGGAGCCUCGGCUGCAUCUUUGCUGAGAUGCUGACGCGGCGGGCUCUGUUCCCUGGUGACUCGGAGAUCGAUCAGCUGUUCCGCAUCUUCCGCACACUGGGCACACCGGAUGAGACCGUGUGGCAGGGCAUCACGCAGCUGCCCGACUACAAACCCUCCUUUCCACGCUGGUGUGCUCAGGACCUCACCAAGGUGGUGCCUCUCUUGGAUGCCGCUGGGCACGAUCUACUCAUGCAAAUGCUGCAAUAUGACCCAACCAGGAGAGUUUCGGCCAAGGCUGCCCUCAACCAUCACUUCUUUCACAAUUUGGAACAUCAUGUGCCAACUUUAAAGGCAAAACCGUAAAACAGCAAGCAGGGGAUGCAAACAUUUAUGCCGGUGUCUUUUCUUAGCUGGCUUGCUGUAGUCAUAGACUGUAUUAUAUGAGGAAUGUGUUUGUGUUAACUUUUGAGGCACACUUAUUCAGUUGAGCAUUGGAGAUGUUUUAUGUGUAGCAACCAUUUGAAAAAAUCUGCAGGAUAUUGUAUUCAAGUUACUUUUGGUAUGUUAUUCUUUACCUUUUAAAAACUGUACUUAUUCUAAAAUAUUUUUUGGAACAAUAUUUAGUAUUUAAUGCAGAAAAUGGCAGUGGACCUUUCUGACAUUCACUUUAUUUAACUUAAUAAGCAAGUAAAUGGUCCGAGGUUCUCAUCCUCUACAGAAAGUACUAAAAUGUGUUUGUUUUCCUUAGUGCAAAACUUUCUCCAGUUAUUUGGUAGGGCUUGUUCACAAAGCCCUUGAGGAAAAAGCAGUAGGCAUUUUGAAUAAAAAGUAUUUCAAUAUUUGGCGUAAAACAGAUUCUGUAGUAUACAUUGGUUUUGAUUGAUUUUUAAAUACAGAAAGACGUUCUUAAAUGUUGCUUAGGUGUUACUGUUUUUUGUCCAAAAUAAAAAUGAAGCUGAAAUUUA